AUGAUUUACAAAGACUACAACGGGAACUGCUAUCUUGGCGUGAAUCCUGGGCCCGAAGAGACGUGGCUUCCGAACUUUGCGGCAGACACUUUCUUGCGUGGCGCAUACGUUGUCUUUGACGCGGAAAACGACGAGAUAUGGAUGGCGCAGUCUGCGGAUUGUGGUUCAAGUAUCGUUCCGAUCAUGCUGGCUGCGCCACAUUUCAUUGCCACACCCCGCUUGAGCCCAGAAUCCCGGUUCCCGUUCAGGUUCUGCGAACUUCUCAAUACCAACAUCGACAGCGCCAUCUCAAGUAGACCGUCCCAUAUCCAGCGACAUAGAUUCGGAAGUGGAAACACCAUGUCAUCCACGAACCAGCUGUCUACCUCUCGCCCCUCGGAGGCAAGUACAACCUCGGAUCCGCGAGCCCCUCCGUUUGAGGAUUCUCUCCGCCACAUCGGUCUUACUCUUGAAGAGAUCCGAGCCCUUCCGGAAGAACGACGCAAUGAGCUUGCGCAAAGACUAGGUGUCGUUUCCUGGGAACCUUUUACUGUCCAAGCUAUCGGUACGCCAGGAGAUGUGUACGCGCAUGUCUUAAGGGAGGAUCCAGUGGUUGCACCGAUUCCGGACGAUGGUGGGGAGGAUGAAGUUAGGGAGCUGGUAGGGGCGGAGAAGGGGAAGAACGGAAGUGGGAAGUGA